AUGAAACAGCCUCCUUCAACAGAUCCAAAUUCUACACCCCGCGCAAAUGCCGCGCUUAUCUCCCUCGUCCGCAACUCGGAGGUUGAUGGGAUAGUCUCGUCGAUGCGGUAUAUGGAGAAGUCGUUCAACGCCAAGUUCAACUAUCCAUGGGUCUUUUUCAAUGAUGUCGAAUUCACGCAAGAAUUCAAGGACAAGACACAGGCGGAGACAAGCGCACCGUGUACAUAUGAACUCAUACCUCAGGAGCAUUGGGAUGUGCCAGAUUGGAUCGACCAGACGCGGAUGGAGAAAGCUUUCAAGAAUAUGGCCGACAACGGGGUCAUGCACGCAACUCAAUUGAGUUACCAUAAAAUGUGUCGUUGGUAUUCGGGCUUCUUUUUUCGGCAUCCUGCUUUGGAUAAAUAUAAGUACUACUGGCGCGUGGAGCCAAAUGUCAAGUAUUUCUGCGACAUUGAGUACGACGUUUUCCAAUUCAUGGCCCAACAUAACAAGACCUAUGGUUUCACUAUAAAUAUCUACGAUGACCCCAAAACCAUACCCACGCUCUGGCCGACAACAACGGCCUUCCUCGAAGAACAUCCCAGCUACGCCCUCAGCCCGGAUGAAAACUCCUACUACUGGCUCACGGAUUCCGUUGCGCGUCCCGACCACACAAAGGGAGCCAAUGGCUACAGCACAUGCCAUUUCUGGAGCAAUUUUGAAAUCGGCGAUCUAGAUUUCUGGCGCUCGCAAACAUACCGAGACUACUUUGACUAUCUCGAUCAAACGGGAAAUUUCUUCUACGAACGCUGGGGUGACGCACCUGUGCACAGCGUUGCGUUGGGCCUCUUUGCGGCCAAUGAGCAGAUUCAUUGGUUCCGCGAUAUUGGAUAUCAACACACGCUGUCAUCCUCCGCUCGUCAACUGCAGGGAUUGUACCCUCUGCACCCGCUUGUGGUUUCAAGACUGCCGCCGCAGGCACACGACACACCUUUUGAAGCGACUCCAUUAUCCAACCAACCAAUUCUCACCCGGAAUACAUACAAGACCACUCAAGUGGCUGACAGACAAGUCAUGGCGACGGCUACUCUGACAUCGCCCAGCUCGGUCCCGGAACUCACCACCUCCAAAUCCUCUAAAUCUUCGUCCUUUCAUUCCUCUUCGCACGAUGCCGACCCCAAUGUCAAUUUUACAGAUACAUCCAAUUUCGAAGAUAUCGGUCUUGAAGAUGACUCUGAAAUGCAUGCCUAUCCGGCGAAGCUUUCAUACCCUCACUCUCGUUCCCGAGCUGGCUCUCGAGCUUCCAGUCAAAAUCGUGUGAUAUCGCAGGUCGCUAGCAUGAAUAAGGAGACAGAUUACACCGCCAUCAUCGAGAGCUCUGCAGGGCAUACCUGGACAACCCUCGAGGGGAACGCUAGAUCCGAGAAUGAUGAAGAGCGGUCGACGAUUGUCAAAGCAUGGAAGCGCAUCAACUCCGUCUCUACCAUACCGCCAACCUCGAUCCCGCUCAGUGUCCCCAUCUUCUGCUCCUCUGUCGAACUCAGGACCGUUGCCUUCGCCAUCUGCUUCCAGCCUGAGUCUUUCGCCAUUGGCUCCUCGCAAUCCUUCGUCUCGACGGGGCUCGCUACAGCGAAAAACGAUGAUGCUAGCUUAUUCAAUGUACCACUGUCUCCGCGACCACCUACAGAACGUCCGGCCUCGCGCAGUACCAGCCCGGAUCAAGUCACUAGCCCUAAGCCUAUACCGUUGUCGCAUGCUGUUUCGGAACAGCAUGUAGCGCCUUUGUCCAAAUCGCGAAACUCCUCCCGACAUUCGCCCGGCGGAAAUUCACGACUCAAAGUCACUCGGUCUGCGUCCGCGGGUCCUGAACGAGGCCAAAUUUCUCCGCGCGAUCCACGUACAUACUCUUACAACCUCGCCAUGGCUGAGCUUUCUGAGGAAGCCAAGGUGUUGACGCAGACACUCGAGUACCACGCCGACGACGCUGGUCGCAAACGUGAAGAACGAGUUCAGAGUGGUCUUUCGUCAGAACGCUCCAGUGUGGAAUCUAAGCGACUUUCUGGCGGAAUACAGGAUUUACCGCCGGUGCAGAAAUCCAAUGUGAUGAUUGACCCGUUACCUGCCAGUAAGGAGAAGGAAAAGGUUCUUAGUCGCACGCGCCCUAGUUGGCUGCCGCCGAAAGAUCCGUUGGAAGAGAAGAAACAUUUGAAGGAGUAUAAAAGGAUGAUGUCUCUAGCCAAGGAAGCAGAGAAGAAGAAAGCCGCCAAAGCCGCUGCCGCGCAGUGCGAAAAAGACAACACCAGGGAGACGCUACAACGAAUCUGGGAAGAUCACGUCCUGCCUAACUGGAAUCAUGCUGUUGCAGAGCCUCGCACGAGGGAGCUGUGGUGGCGAGGCAUAACACCUCGGUGCCGUGGAGCAGUGUGGCAACGAGCAAUCAAUAACGAGCUAUCCUUGACACCCGAGUCGUACCAAAAGGCACUUCAGCGGGCCAAGGACGUCAAGGCACGAGGAGAUGAGGAUGCUAGUGAUACUAGCCGAAGGAUACGAGAGUGGUUUGCAGCCAUUUCUCGAGAUGUCUCAUCCGCAUUCCCCGAACUUCAUCUCUUCCAGGAGGGUGGACCUUUACGGGACACCUUGAUUGAUGUCUUAGAAGCAUAUGCCAUGUAUCGCAGUGAUGUUGGAUACACCUAUGGCCUUCACACUAUUGCCGCUCUGCUUGUCCUUCAACUUCCUACUGCCGCUUCCGCGUUUAUUGCCAUGGCCAAUGCUCUCAACCGCCCACUCCCUCUUGCCUUUUUGACGUACGACCGUGCCGCGAUUGCUCGAACGUACGGUCUCGCUUCGGCCACACUGCGAUAUAAAUUUCCCCGACUUUUUGCCCAUCUUUACGAGACAGCGCAGCUCACUGACGAGGACAUCUGGGGUCCAAUGUUUCGAUCUCUAUUCACCAACGGCCUGGACUUGGAACACCUCAGUCGCGUUUGGGACUGCUGGGCUUUUGAAGGAGACCGUAUCAUAAUCCGAGCCGGAGUCGCUGUAUUGGGCUGCCUACAAACGCAACUACUAGGCCUUUCAGGCGCCGAACCGAAAUCCCGCGAAGAAUUAAAGCACGUCGUGGGCUGGGGACCGCAUGACUUGGGCACGCUCAUAAGAGACACCAAGACCCGCCAUAGCUCCCCGACACCGAUUAUGGGAUAUGGAGGCGGUCAAUUUGCCAACGCCGGCGUUGGACAAUAUUGGAUUCUGAGUCUGGCGGGCGACGAGGAUAGUUUUAUGAAUGAAGUACGAGAGGCUGGCAAAGUCCAGUCUUGA